CUCGGACUUUAACCGCCUGAAUGGUGUGACGAAGAAGCAGUCAGUAUUCGUUCUCAGUAGAAAUGGCUCAAGGCUCAAAGAAAUUCAAGGCUCAGCGUCCCGGAGCCUCAAAGAAACACCAACAAAACAAACCGAAGGGGCCAAAGAAAGGAGGAAGGGUUAUCGCGCCUAAAAAGGCCCAAGUGGUUCAGCAACAAAAGCUAAAGAAGGGCUUGGAGGUUGCCAUCAGAAACAAGAUUGAGCAGGAGGUGACCCAGAAGGCCAGUUCCUCCCUCCAUAAGCCUCUGGCUGUGGUUAAAGGGGCUGAGGUGAAAGGAAAGCCUGGAACCAGCACCAAAUAGGACCAUCGCAGACCUGGAUCCCAUCAGCUUCAGGUUGUGGACUGAGGACUUUAUAUAAACCUCUGUUUGGGUCGCCGGCGGAUUGGUGGAAGCCUGGUUUUCAGUUUUUGUUUUAUCUUCAGGUUGUUUCUCUCCUCUUUCAGGAAAGUGUUUUUCUUUGUACAGUGAAAUAAACUCUUCCCAUUCCAGAUUAGAGAACGUUUGCCGAAACCAACCUGUAUGAAGGAGUCCUGAUGUUUACCUGACACAUAAAUGAUUGUUCAGGAUGAAAGGAAGAUUUCUAAGACAGCUGAAAUGGGAUCACACAAAUCCGAUCUUAGUUUAAACAGGGACAAACUCUGUCUUCAAAAUCCCUGUGGUGAAUUUUGUGUUAUUUCUAUACAAUUAAAGCUUCAUUUGUCAAAUGAAUAUGUUGAAUGAAUCCACACACAGCUCACUUAGUGUUUUUUAUUUAUUCAAGACUUUAUUUGAAUCUUUUUAAAUGUGAG